GGCGCUGUAUGAGCCGCGGCCCCUGGGAGGAGGAAAAGAAGGUUGUUACGACGCACGAGCUUGGCUUUGAGGGCGAGGACUGGGACUACGUGCUGGAGCGGCGGCGCACGGAGGUGAAGGACGUGCUGGCCGUCGAGACGGCGCGGGCGUUGGGGCUCGGGCGUGAGGACGUGCUGGAGGUGGAGGUCGACGCAGUGCCUCGGGGCCUCAUUGCGUUUGUCACGGUCCGUCAUCCAUCACUGCUGAGCGACCGCCAGGUGGAAGAGACGCUGGCGCGCUGCGAGUACAAGAAUUUGUGGGCGCUGUACGAGACGCGGCCAUUGGAGUCGUCAGUGCUGAUGAGGCGGUUUGAGGGCGACGACUGGGACCUCGUGGUUGACAACAACCGCAAGAAGCUUGAGGACGCGUUCAGCAGGGAGACGGCCGCCGCACUGGGCGUGUCGCCGAGCCAGGUUGUGCUUCUGGACUGCAGGGUUGGCAGUCUUCUUAUGGUAUUCAAGGUGCUUGGAUGCGCCAUGAGCGACGCAGAGAUCACGGAACGGACCGAGGCGCACCCGUACGACGAGGUGCAUGCACUGUACAGGCCACGCAUACGCUCCUUUGAAGGCGUCGACGCAGCAGCGCCCCGCGGCUUCAGGGCCGACGCGGAUGAAGUAUGGACGAGGAGCCGCGUGGAGUUUGAGGGCGAGGACUGGGACUACGUGCUGGCGAUGAGGGAGGCGGAUCUGCUGCGUGCGUUUUCGAACGCGACGGCCGAGGCGUUUGGAGUGGAUGAGGACCACGUGCGCGAUGUGUCGGCGAGGUACGUUGCUGGUAACUUGCACUUUGACUUCGAGCUGAGGCGCCCUGCGGCGCUGACGAAGGCUGAUGUAAAUGCGCGGUUGAAGGAGUGUGCGUAUGCGGCCGUGUGGGCGCUGUAUGAGCCGCGGCCCCUGGAGGAGGAAAAGAAGGUUGUUACGACGCACGAGCUUGGCUUUGAGGGCGAGGACUGGGACUACGUGCUGGAGCGGCGGCGCACGGAGGUGAAGGACGUGCUGGCCGUCGAGACGGCGCGGGCGUUGGGGCUCGGGCGUGAGGACGUGCUGGAGGUGGAGGUCGACGCAGUGCCUCGGGGCCUCAUUGCGUUUGUCACGGUCCGUCAUCCAUCACUGCUGAGCGACCGCCAGGUGGAAGAGACGCUGGCGCGCUGCGAGUACAAGAAUUUGUGGGCGCUGUACGAGACGCGGCCAUUGGAGUCGUCAGUGCUGAUGAGGCGGUUUGAGGGCGACGACUGGGACCUCGUGGUUGACAACAACCGCAGGAAGCUUGAGGACGCGUUCAGCAGGGAGACGGCCGCCGCACUGGGCGUGUCGCCGAGCCAGGUUGUGCUUCUGGACUGCAAGGUUGGCAGUCUUCUUAUGGUAUUCAAGGUGCUUGGAUGCGCCAUGAGCGACGCAGAGAUCACGGAACGGACCGAGGCGCACCCGUACGACGAGGUGCAUGCACUGUACAGGCCACGCAUACGCUCCUUUGAAGGCGUCGACGCAGCAGCGCCCCGCGGCUUCAGGGCCGACGCGGAUGAAGUAUGGACGAGGAGCCGCGUGGAGUUUGAGGGCGAGGACUGGGACUACGUGCUGGCGAUGAGGGAGGCGGAUCUGCUGCGUGCGUUUUCGAACGCGACGGCCGAGGCGUUUGGAGUGGAUGAGGACCACGUGCGCGAUGUGUCGGCGAGGUACGUUGCUGGUAACUUGCACUUUGACUUCGAGCUGAGGCGCCCUGCGGCGCUGACGAAGGCUGAUGUAAAUGCGCGGUUGAAGGAGUGUGCGUAUGCGGCCGUGUGGGCGCUGUAUGAGCCGCGGCCCUGGAGGAGGAAAAGAAGGUUGUUACGACGCACGAGCUUGGCUUUGAGGGCGAGGACUGGGACUACGUGCUGGAGCGGCGGCGCACGGAGGUGA